AUGUGUGCUAGCUGGGUAGAGAUUGCCCCCGAGUGUGAGGCCCGCAGAAGCCACGGUCAGUUCCUCUGCUGCCAGUCCAAAGCCCAGCAUCAAGGUUCCCCGGCUGGGAUGCUGCACUCCCAGCUCCAAAACCAGUUGCUGCCUCCUGGGGACUUCUCCUCCCGCCAGCCGCGUCGCUGCGCCGCCUGCGGACCGGAUGGGCCCCCUCCCGAGGUCAGUUCAGGGGGUAUGCAAAUUGUUUCUGAAAGUGAGCUAGCUCAGUUGGCUCAGAUUCGACCAUUAAUACUCAAUUUUCGUGUACGAUCAACCAUCAAGGCUUGCUUUGAAAUGCUUCAGAGAAAAGUGUUAACCUCUGAAAUCUUCCAGGAGUUUAUGGAUUUAGAAUUUGAGAGCCCGUCUGGUGAGUUCACCUGUGGGAAUGAACCAUCCAAUAGAAACAAAAACAGAUAUCGAGAUAUUCUUCCAUAUGAUUCAACACGUGUCCCUCUUGGAGAAAGCAGGGACUACAUCAAUGCUAGUUAUAUUAGAAUAGUAAAUUCUGGAGAAGAGUAUUUUUACAUUGCUACCCAAGGACCACUGCGAGAUACUGUAAGUGAUUUUUGGCAAAUGGUUUUGGAAAAUCAAGCUAAUGUUAUUGCCAUGAUGACCAGAGAGGUAGAAGAUGGAACUGUCAAAUGUCACCGUUACUGGCCCAUCUCUCUGGAUAAGCCUUUGGAAUUGAAAUACUUCAGUAUCUUCUUGGAGAACUACCAGAUACUUGAAGAGUUCAUCAUUCGAAUACUUAAAGUUGUGGAGAAGACCAAGGGAACUGUUCACUUUGUAAGACAGUUGCAGUUCACUAACUGGCCAGACCAUGGCACUCCUGCCUCAGCAAAUGAUUUUAUCAAGUUUGUUCGUUUAGCAAGGAAGAGUCACCAGAGGGGACCCAUCAUUGUCCACUGCAGUGCUGGCAUAGGCCGCACUGGGGUACUCCUGUGUGUGGAUGUUGUGUUCUGUGCCAUCGAAAGGAACUUUCUGUUCAACAUCAAGAAUAUCGUGACCCAAAUGAGAGAGCACCGUUGUGGCAUGAUUCAGACAAAGGAGCAGUACCACUAUUGUUAUGAAAUUGUGCUUGAAGUUCUUCAGAAAAUUCUGACUUCGGAUUAAGAAAGACUUCUGUUGCCUCUCACUUGAAAUUACCAAGUGGCUUGGAGCCUUGUCAUAAACAACAUGUUUACAAGAGCUUUGCUUUGUAUACAGUGUACUUUCCUGAUAUAGUCAAUUGAUUUGCUUUCUAAAAACUCCCUGAAGGCAGCAUAAUUUGGUUUCCUGUUCACUCAUUGAUAUUACCAGACAAUAUCAAAAUACCCUCCUACUUUUUCCAAUGAAACAAAAGUUACAUAAAAGAACUGCAGCUUGGCUAUUUGGCUGAA